AUGCCUGCCAUCACGUCCGUCCGCGAAAUUCAAAACGAUUCCUUCAUAAUAUCCGAGGCCAAUGCGCUCCCCACCAAACGACUAUUCGACUUCAAUUCGUUCAAGCUCCGCGAGUCCACAAAAUUGGCCAAAGAAUUCGAGUUGUCCAAUACCAUCAACAAUGAGCUCAUAUUCAAGGUCAAAAUGGUGGGUGUCAACUACCAGACAGACUUCCAGACCCUCAAGCGAAUCCAGCAUUUGAGCCACGCCCAACCACCAGCAGAAGCUGUCUCUGCCCUUGUUCCUGGAAACAAAAUCAUCGGCAAGAUUCACGCCACAACCACCCACCCAUCGCUCAAUAGCUUCAAAGAAUCGUCUGCAUCGCUCAACGCGAAAUACCUCCUCUUCCCCUACACCAACUGCAUCAACCAGAACAGAAGCUCCAUGUGCACCAACUGCCAAAAGCUCGUGGAAUUGCCCUUGUCCUACAAAUCGUACAAAUUUCAUCACAAGUAUCCAUGUAAGGAAAACCUCAUCUACGGCACCACCAUCGAUGGAGGCCUCCAGGACUUCCUCAAGGUACCGAACCCCGACCAGACCCUCAUCAGAAUACCGCUGUACGUGAGUCUGCACGACAGCUGUUUCAUUUUGGACAUCAUGCUCCCAUUUUACUCGUUCAUCAAGGACAACUUGAUGGAUAAUAUCGCUGGAAAAACCGUCAGCAGCGAUGACGCCAACUUUGGAGGUAUACUUAUCGUGCUCAAUGAUAUCAGCAAGGAAAUCAACGAUAUUCUUAUCGUGAUAAAGCACUUUCAAAUCGACCAGAAAAGCGUCAGCUUCCUCGACAGACGGAAGAUCGAAAAAAUGCCGGAAGCUGAACGCCUCAACUACAAAGGCAAGUUCAGCCAGGUCUUCUUGUUCCACAUCAGCGACGAGACCAUCAAAUUUGCUACCUACUCGUGCAACUCGCCUGGCCUCGAAUCCACCAAAUCACGUUACAAUAUUGUUCUCUUUGACCAGCACAACCCCGAGUCACUCGGAAGGAACAAAUUCUUGAACAAGCUUCACAAUGAUAAAACUUUCCACCAGUUCAAACUAAGCUACAAGGAUAGGAUAAAUGCCGAAGAAUUGUUGAAAAUAAUAUCCAGUUUGAACCGUAAGCUCAAGAAAUCAGAACCAAAGGAGUGUUCCAGUUUGACACUGAAUGACCACCCUAACCGUCCUUCGAUAGGAUCGAUAGAAUCUAAUGGUUCGACCUUCUCAGGUCACACUUCUGCUCAUUCAGAUAGCACUUCAUCGACGACGGUGUCUUCAAAAGCCGAAGAAAAGCCGGUCAAGAACCUUCGCUUCAGAGAUGAAGAAUCCAUCAUUGAUGAAAGCACCAUACGCAAGGUGCAGUCGUCUCCACGCCAUUAUUCGUGGCUCUGGUAUGACAAGGAUUAUGAUUUGUGCAACGAGUACGAGCAAUCCGACGACGAAGAAGACCCUUACCGUGAUAGUUUCUCGAAGAAAAACCACAGUGUCAAGCAGGUCAACCGAUUGAUUAAGAAUCCAAAACACUUGACGAGGGUAUGCUAUGCCAACCGCUCGAAACCUAUUAAGUUGAAUGCCUUGGUCUUUUCAUGA